AGGGCUCGGAGACUCCGGGGGGGCGGAGGAGGAGGCCGGGAGGCGGGGAGGGGGGAGGCAAACCCUGCCCACUCGGCUCCGAGCCCGGAACGGCCGCGGAAGUCGGAGGCCGGCGCGCAGGGCGAGGAGGGCACCGGGGGCGGGGGGCUCCUGACCCCUCUCGCCCCAGCCAGGAAAGUGAAGGAUCCUCGGACUUCAGAGCCAGCGGACGGACCGACAGUGACUGCCAGCCGCUCCGAGCCAAGGACUCGCCCCACCCGCCCCCCUCCCCGCCCCCCAGGCGCUCCGAACUCACUGGUGAGCGCGGCGGCCUUGGCGCUGGAUGCGGGGGCAGCCGCGAUGGCCCUGCGCGCGGGACAGCCGGAGCAAAGGGGGCCGCUGCUGCCGAGGCUGCUGCUCGUGGCGGCGGCGCUGAGCCGGCCCGCCGCGCCCUGUCCCUUCCAGUGCUACUGCUUCGGCGGCCCCAAGCUGCUGUUGCGCUGCGCGUCGGGCGCGGAGCUCCGGCAGCCGCCGCGGGACGUGCCGCCCGACGCGCGCAACCUCACCAUCGUGGGCGCCAACCUGACGGUGCUGCGCGCGGCCGCCUUCGCCGGCGGGGACGCGGACGGGGAGGAGGCGGCGGCGGGCGGCGUGCGCCUACCGCUCCUGACCGCGCUGCGCCUCACGCACAACAACAUCGAGGUGGUGGAGGACGGCGCCUUCGACGGGCUACCCAGCCUGGCGGCGCUCGACCUGAGCCACAACCCGCUGCGCGCCCUGGGCGCCGGCGCCUUCCGCGGGCUGCCCGCGCUGCGCUCGCUGCAGCUCAACCACGCGCUGGCGCGGGGCGGCCCCGCGCUCCUGUCCGCGCUGGACGCCGCGCUCGCCCCGCUGGACGAGCUGCGCCUGCUGGGCCUGGCGGGCAACGCGCUGAGCCGCCUGCCGCCCGCCGCGCUGCGCCGGCCGCGCCUCGAGCAGCUGGACGCGCGCCUCAACGCGCUGGCCGGCCUGGGCCCCGACGAGCUGCGCGCGCUCGAGCGCGAUGGCGACCUCCCCGCGCCGCGCCUGCUGCUCGCCGACAACCCCCUGCGCUGCAGCUGUGCCGCGCGCCCCCUGCUGGCCUGGCUGCGCAACGCCACGGAGCGCGUACCCGACGCGCGGCGCCUGCGCUGCGCCGCCCCGCGCGCCCUGCACGACCGGCCGUUCCUGGACCUGGACGAGGCGCGGCUGCGCUGCGCCGACGGCGCCGCCGAGGGUCGCGGGGAAGAAGUGGAACUCGCCGGCCCGGAGCUGGAAGCCUCCUACGUCUUCUUCGGGCUGGUGCUGGCGCUCAUCGGCCUCAUCUUCCUAAUGGUGCUCUACCUAAACCGCCGCGGCAUCCAGCGCUGGAUGCGCAACUUGCGCGAGGCCUGCCGGGACCAGAUGGAGGGCUACCACUACCGCUACGAGCAGGACGCCGACCCGCGCCGCGCGCCCGCCCCGGCCGUCCCCGCCGGCUCCAGCGCCACCUCCCCGGGCUCGGGCCUCUGAGCUUCGCCGGGUGGGGGUUGGGAGCUGCCCCUGCCAGCUGAUGACCUUAUUGGGGCUGCCUGGCUGAAGCCGUGGGUAUGAGACACCCGCGAGCUUGGGGCUUUGAAACCUGCCCCUGAUGGGCCUGAGACCUUUGGAUGACGGCACCCCCGCCCCCGGCGGCCCCAAGCUGUACCCCCUCUCCCCAGCCUCUGAGAGCUCUUCAGCCUCAAAAGCCCAGAGACAACCCCUUCUGAUUCUAGAAACCCUAGCCGCCCAUCCCGGACUCGGACACAUCCCUCUUGAACCACCGAAAGACCCCUCCCCGUUUCAAGCCUCACCCAGAGACCCUGCCCUUCAACCCGAUACCCCGAGACUACCUCCACCACCUGUGCUUCGAGCCCAGACCUCUCAGCGAGAAAUACCACCCCAAACUUCGCUGACCCCCAUCUCCAGCUUGCAGCCCUCAGCUCGCUUCCCAGGGCUCAGGGGCCCUCACGUCCCAUUCUGGUCUCAGAAGCAGAGCACCCCCACCGGAAAGUGUUUAUGGACUUGGAGCCUUUUUUCUCAUUCUGGAGCUCUGAGCCCUCCAAGCUGUGUAGAGACCCACAUACACUGGCUCUGAAGGCUGGGCACCCUCCCCCAAUCUGAGGAGGUAUUUCAUACCACCUAUCACCCCAGCUCUGGCUCAGGUCCCUCCUUUCCUUGGCCCAGGCUUGGGGCUCAGCUCCCAUCUGUCUCUCCCAUCCCAGGGACUGGCACACCCCAUUAUAGCCUUAGUAUGGAGCUGACCCUUGGCCAGACCCCCCCAUACUCAGUGCUUGUCCCCAGACUCUCAGCUCUUCACCCAGAUCUGAGUUUCAUCCCCCUGCCAGAGUCUUAGGCUCUCCGUUCCCCCACACCCAUCACUUGCACUCAGUACCUGCCCCUGCUGCUCACUGGGUCAGGGCUGGUGAGGACUCCAUUCAUGGGAUGUGCCCAUGCCCCUGUCCUCCUAGGAUGAGCUAUCCAACCUUGCAAGACAGGUGUAGGUACACCCCAACCAUCUAGCAGAUCCCUAUGGGGAAGGAGAGAGUACUAGGGGUGCACAGUAGAUGGCCGGGCCUCAGAACCAGGGUCGCCCGUCCAUUGUGGCCUCAGAUGGGUUGGGGAGGGAGCUCUGAAGGGCUGGGAGCUGCUGCCCACAUGCCCUUUCCCACCCACGUGACUCCUCCUCUGGGGAUUCCUUGCUGCUGUGCACCCCCUUUCCCCAUAUGACUUCUGGAAGACGAAGGGGGUCUUGCCUCCUGUCUCAGGCACAAGCCCUCCUGUUCAGGGUCUAAGCCGCAGCGCCCUGCCUUCUGCAUGAUCCCAAAGCACAAUUGGUGAGUGGGGAGGGGGCUGCCUCUCCCUGACUCCCACCCCCUAGGUCAGGCAGAACGGCUGGCCUGUGCUGCUCUGCACACAGGAAGUCACCCUCCUUCAACGUGCUGGCUUGAGGCCUGCCUUCCCAACCCCACCCAAGACAUCUGGAUCUCCCUUGGGCAGUUUUCUAUAAAGUCUGCAAUAAUCUCGGAUACUCUCAUCGUGUAAGUGAUGCCGUGUCAUUCCUGCUGACCUUGGGGCAUUGAAGGGGGGGCAGGAGGGGACACUUGGGAGGGCACUUUGGACCUCCCUGAGGUGAGGCGUGACCCUUGGUAUCUUCCCCCGGACUAUGGGAGUAGAAAUGGGCUCUGACUGCACGUAGCAGGAUCGAGGCUAGACACAUGGAGGGACUUCCCAUUGGGAUGGCAUUGCUCUCCAAGCCAGUCUGCUUUUGAUCCUCUGAGAUAGGGUUAUCCACAGCCAGGAUGGGAUCCUGUGCCUCCUCUACAUCCUCUUCCCCGUCCUCUCCUCAUCAGCGCAGUGGGGGUGGGGGUUGUGGGGGAGACGUAGUUGGACUGACAGACAGUAGCAUCAGGCGAGGCCAUCAGGGAGGGGAUCCUCCUACAGAGGAUCAGAGCAGUUAAUUCAGACAGGAAAGAGGAGGGAUCGUUAUGUUGCUGCUUUGGCAUCAUCCCCUCUGAUGAAUUACUCGACACUCCCUUAUGUCCCGCAUCCCUCCACGCUCUCCUGGCCACAGGGGUGAGAACUGCAUCUUGAGUAUGUGAGAGGCUGAGAGGAGAAGCUGCCUGGAGGUGGGGGGUGUGGAUAAAUGACACCUUGAGAUGGUGGCGCAAGGAGACAGGUGGGUUCUGGGCCAGCAGGGCCAGGGUAAGAGGCUUAGCUCCUGCUUGAGGUCCCCAGGCUGGAUUAUUUUGCACUCAGUGUCUCAGAGCCCUAGAACCACAUGGCAGAAGUCUAGAAUUGUGGCAUUUUAGAAUUUUAGGGCCACAUAACUCUAGAAUUUGUCUUCUAAGGAUUGAAAAGGAGCUUAGAGGUAAUGUGGGAAGCCUCUAAGCCGUCCCAACAAGGAGCGCUCUCUCUCGACAAGGAGCUCACUCCCUCCCCUCCUGGGAGCAUCCCUUUCAGGGCUAAAGGAAUGUGCCUGGGACUUCCUGACGGUCCCAACUUUGCCUUGGGGCCAGGAGCGCACCCCAGCCCAGGACUGCUCUUCACAGAGUCAGAGACAGCGCAAGAGUCUCCUUAUCUUCUCCCAGCAAAUUCCCUACCCCUUCUGCUACUCAUUCCUCAUGAGAAGGGGUUAGAUUCUCUUGAAGCAUUCCCAUCUGUCAGUGACCUUCAAAGGGUGCUCUGCCGAUCCUCCAGGAUGAAAUAGUGAUGGUCUCUCCAACACAGGUGAGAGAACUGUGUCUGUAACAGGUCACCUCCCCAGUUCCAAAGACGUGCCCUCUGGUAAUGUAGCCUAAGACUGCGAUAAGUCCUGGCAAAUAAAACAUGCUAUUAGCUGUGGGUUCACUGUCAGCAAAAAUCUUUGAGGGUUUUAUAUGAGAGCUGCUGCUAAGCUAAGUAUCGAAUCAAUAGUUGUCAAAAAUCAACGAAUUCAGUGCCUAAUGUAUGCCAGUUGAUAUUAAACUUCA